AUGAUAAUGGAUGAUUCCAGUGACCUGUUUCCCAUCGGAAUGCGUAUUCUUGCAGUAGACCAUGAUCCCACUUGCCUUCAAGUUUUAGAAACUCUUCUCCGAACAUAUCAAUACCAUGUAACCACGACUAAUCAAGCAAUAACGGCAUUGGCUAUGUUGCAAGAAAACAACGACAACUUUGACAUGGUAAUCAUUGAUGUGCACACACCAGACAUGGAUGGAUUUAAGCUGCUUGAACUUGUGGGACUUGAGAUGAACCUUCCUGUCAUAAUGUUGUCUGCAUGUCGUGAUCCAAACCUAGUGAUGAAAGGAAUUUCCCACGGUGCCUGUGAUUAUCUGCUGAAACCUGUGAGAUUAGAGGAACUAAACAACAUUUGGCAGCAUGUAGUUAGGAGUUGUUUGGUCUGUCGAAUUGCACCGCAAGUUUGUCGCUGCUGUUAA